AUGCAUCAAACCGAUCGCGUGAAGAAACGUGGAAGACCCAGGAUGCCGACCGAAGCAGAAGCAAAGGAUCGACGUACGCAAGUUCGUCACGCACAACGCGCCUAUCGACUAAAAAAAGAGGCCAUGUUCCGCCAGAUGAAAGAUCGCGUCGCGGAGCUCGAGAACGCCGUCGGCCGCAUUUCCGACUCGCUGUUUCGUUUCCACGAAAUGGCCAUCCAGUCGGAUCUGCACAUCACGCAUCCGGAUCUCUUCCAGCAGAUCAACAAUACUCUGGCUCACAUCCAGAUGGAGAGUAAAGAGCUAGGCAUCCAAUCCACAAAUCAUCAGUCCCCUGCGCUUCGGACGAAUGACUCCGGUCCCAGCUUUGGCUACCUGAUCCACCGGGAUCAACAGAUCGACACCAACAAGUCCAUCUCGUCCGUCCCUAGAUCACUAGCCAUCGGCACCCUCAGUCUCCACGAGACGAUAUUCUCGCGACGCCUGCACCGCUACUGUCUCGAAUACGCCUGGCGCCUUUUCAUCGACGCGCGGUCCAAUCCCCAGGACGUCUACCGGGUAUUCCGGUUGGUGCCUUGCAUCCGAUACAAGGACAAGAUGACGCCGUAUUUCCGGUGUCUAGUGCGCGGAGGAGCGCACGAGUCGCUGGAUCUCCCCGCUGUGCCAUUCUACUGCAUCGGGGGCGCAGGCACGCACUAUCCGCGGAAAAAAGACGACGGCACGCCCAUCUAUCCUGAGAAUAUGCGUCUUCCGCGACGGAUAUUGGGUCUGUCGAGUUCGACGUCCGGAGACGCUCACGACGAACGGGAAGAGAAGCUGAAAUCAUUGGGGUUGCAUGGGACAUGGCUCGAUUGUCAUGAUGUCCAGGGGUAUUUGGAAGAAAGGGGACUGGUAUUGGAGCUAUCGGGUGCUAGGAUGGAUGUGCAUGGACCGGAUGGUCAAUCGCGAUUGACGCUCCAUGUGGAGGAGUUCUUUCGAUUGCUUCUUAAGAAGAUGAUGAUCUUAGGUCGAGCCCCGGGGUUUCGCCUCGAUGAUGUGGAAUGCGCCUUCCAGGAGACUGCGAGGAUGUCGGGUCCAGCAUGA